AGGUAAUCAUUAAAACAAAUGGCGCCACACAUACAAAUAGCCCCUCUUCUACGCCUAACGGAUCUUCUCCGUCUUCUCAUUAGCCGAGGAAUGCUCAUAACCCAGUCCAACAAUCAUCUGCAUCUCAAAGUGCCAAAAACGGCGUUCAACAACAUGGAUCUCCUUCUCUAUCGAAUGCUGCAUCAGCAACGAUCAUUCUCCGAAAUCUGGCUUCCAUAGUGACACAGAAUUCAAUCAAGAGAAAUAAUAAAACAUCUAAAAAUGAACGGAGAUCUCUUUGUUAUAAUUUUUAAUUUCUGCAUUAUCACUUUUUCCGUUUAUCUUGGGAUUGGGUGCAAGAAAAAGAAAAACAAAGACUUAAUAAGUACAAGGAAAAAUAAGACCCCAAUAGGAUCACCAGCUUCUACAUCGGAACAUGAGAAAAUUGUCAUUCCAACGCCACCACCUGCACCUCCAAUGGUUGCUCGUGAAGCAAAUGACAACGAAACAAUUAAUGAUGCAAAGUCUGAUUGGGGAGAUCUUCCGGCUUAAGAUGGAUCUUUCAAAUGAUUUUGGUUGAAUAAAUAAGUUU